AUGAGGCCAAAUGGGACCGAGAGCAUAAGCGAAGUCAGUGAAAAGGAUGAGGGGGCCAAGAUUGAUAGCGAAACCCAAAACAAUAUACUCAAUGGAACUGAAAGUGGGAAAACCAAUGAAAACGAUAAGAAAAACGCGACCGAUAUAGUGAGUAAAGAUGAGGUCGUCAGCGAAGACGAUAAAAAGAACGGGACCAAAAGCGAAAGCGAAGGUAUUAGCAAGACAGAGAAUGGGACCGAGAGCAUAAGCGAAGCUAAUGACAAGGAUAAGGAUAAAGGGGCUGAAAUUGAUAGCGAAAGCCAAAACAAUACAGUCAAUGGAACUGAAAGUGGGAACACCAGUGAAAACGAUAAGAAAAACGCGACCGAUAUAGUGAGUAAAGAUGAGGUCGUCAGCGAAGACGAUAAAAAGAACGGGACCAAAAGCGAAAGCGAAGGUAUCAGCAACACAUUGAAUGCGACCGAGAGCAUAAACGAAGUCAGUAGCAAUAGCAGUCAGAUUGGUAGCGAAACCCAAAACAAUAUACUCAACGGAACUGAAAGUGAGAACACUAGUGAAAACGAUAAGAAAAGCGCGACCGACAUAGUGAGUAGUGAAGAGGUCGUCAUCGAAGACGAUAAAAAGAACGGGACCAAAAGCGAAAGCGAAGGUAUAAGCAAGACAGAGAAUGGGACCGAGAGCAUAAGCGAAGUCAGUGAAAAGGAUAAGGGGGCCAAGAUUAAUAGCGAAACCCAAAACAAUAUACUCAAUGGAACUGAAAGUGAGAAAACCAGUGAAAACGAUAAGAAAAACGCGUCCGAUAUAGUGAGUAAAGAUGAGGCCGUCAGCAAAGACGAUAAAAAGAACGGGACCAAAAGCGAAAGCGAAGGUAUUAACAAGACAGAGAAUGGGACCGAGAGCAUAAGCGAAGUCAGUGAAAAGGAUGAGGGGGCCAAGAUUGAUAGCGAAACCCAAAACAAUACAGUCAAUGGAACUGAAAGUGGGAACACCAGUGAAAACGAUAAGAAAAAUGCGACCGACAUAGUGAGUAGUGAUGAGGUCGUCAGCGAAGACGAUAAAAAGAACGGGACCAAAAGCGAAAGCGAAGGUAUCAGCAACACAUUGAAUGCGACCGAGAGCAUAAAUGAAGUCAGUAGCAAUAGCAGUCAGAUUGGUAGCGAAACCCAAAACAAUAUACUCAACGGAACUGAAAGUGAGAAAACCAGUGAAAACGAUCAGAAAAACACGACCGAGAUAGUGAGUAAAGAUGAGGCCGUCAGCGAAGACGAUAAAAAGAACGGGACCAAAAGCGAAAGCGAAGGUAUUAGCAAGACAGAGAAUGGGACCGAGAGCAUAAGCGAAGCUAAUGACAAGGAUAAGGAUAAAGGGGCUGAAAUUGAUAGCGAAAGCCAAAACAAUAUAGUCAAUGGAACUGAAAGUGAAGUUGCCAACGAAAACGAUCAGAACGACGUGGCCGAGAUAGUGAGUAGAGACGAUUACAUUAGAGAAGACGAUAAAAAGAACGGGACGAAAAGCGAAAGCGAAGGUAUCAGCAACACAUUGAAUGCGACCGAGAGCAUAAACGAAGUCAGUAACAAUAGCAGUCAGAUUGGUAGCGAAACCCAAAACAAUAUAGUCAACGGAACUGAAAGUGAGAACACUAGUGAAAACGAUAAGAAAAACGCGACUGAUAUAGUGAGUAAAGAUGAGGCCGUCAGCGAAGACGAUAAAAAGAACGGGACCAAAAGCGAAAGCGAAGGUAUCAGCAACACAUUGAAUGCGACCGAGAGCAUAAACGAAGUCAGUAACAAUAGCAGUCAGAUUGGUAGCGAAACCCAAAACAAUAUAGUCAACGGAACUGAAAGUGAGAACACUAGUGAAAACGAUAAGAAAAACGCGACUGAUAUAGUGAGUAAAGAUGAGGUCGUCAGCGAAGACGAUAAAAAGAACGGGACCAAAAGCGAAAGCGAAGGUAUCAGCAACACAUUGAAUGCGACCGAGAGCAUAAACGAAGUCAGUAGCAAUAGCAGUCAGAUUGGUAGCGAAACCCAAAACAAUAUAGUCAAUGCAACUGAAAGUGAGAAAACCAGUGAAAACGACAAGAAUAACGUGACCGAUAUAGUGAGCAAAGAUGAGGCCGUCAGCGAAGACGAUAAAAAGAACGGGACCAAAAGCGAAAGCGAAGGUAGCAAGACAGAGAAUGGUACCGAGAGCAUAAGCGAAGUUAAUGAAAAGGAUAAGCUCAAAGCGGCCGAGAUUAAUAGCGAAAGCCAAAACAAUAUAGUCAAUGGAACUGAAAGUGGGAAUGUCAACGAGAACGACAAGAACAACGCGACCGAGGUAGUGAGUAGUGACGUCAAUGAAGCCAAUCAAAAGAAUGGGACCAAAAGCGGAAGCGAAGGCGAGGUAGGUAACGAAACCGAUAAGAAUAAUGGGAACGAAAAUAACAGCACAGAUAUCAGCAAGACAAAGAAUGAGACCAAGAGUAUAAGCGAAGCUAAUGAAAUGGAUAAGGAUAAAGGGGCUGAAAUUGAUAGUGAAAGCCAAAACAAUAUACUCAACGGAACUGAAAGUGAGAACACCAGUGAAAACGAUAAGAAAAACGCGACCGAUAUAGUGAGUAGUGAAGAGGCCGCCAGCGAAGACGAAAGCGAAGGUAUUAGCAAGACAGAGAAUGGUAGCGACAGCACAGGCAAAAUCAACGAAAAUGAUAAAGACAAGGCGGACAAGACUAAGAGCGAAAGCCAAGACAAUAAACUCAACGCACCUGAAAGUGGGAACGCCAACGAGAACGAUAAGAACGAAGCGACCGAGAAAGUGUGUAAAGGCAAAAAUAAAAAAAGUACAAGUAAAGGCGGAGCGUGCAAGAGGAAUAAGAAGAAAAAGCGAGACAGAAAGACUAAGGUUAAUUACUGUCGCUCUCAGUGUCCUUCUAGCUGCGAAAACCAGUGCACCGAACGCUGUAGCUCAAGUUCUAUCCAAUCUAGCGCUUUUCUUAGAACCUUUCACUGCUCUUGGUACGCUGGCCCUCGUUGUCGAGCUCGCUGUCUUAAAUUCUGUGGAGCACGAUGUCGGAAGGUCUGCUGGUGGCGCUGCCGCAAAUUGAAGUCUGACUAAGGGCAAAUGGACAAAGGCAUUGUGAGCCAGCGUCAACCAUCUGUGCUUCAUCAUCCUAAAACGAACCUCUCUUCGUUCAUCAACAUAAGUAUUACCAUCUCGAAUUUCUUUAAGCAUAUCAUUAGCUAAAGUACCAUUAACUAAAGUUUUAACUUCAGUCUUCGUGUGAACUUUCUGAAAUAAAAGUGAUUUAACCUCGACUGCUCCGUUUUAGGAAGUUGUUGUUGCAACAUUAUCAAAAUUAAAGCAGCAAAGAAAACCUGCUCAGAUUAAAAAUUAUGAAGGUCGUUUUUUUUCCUACGCAUUCAAUCAAUCAAUGGACCUAUGUAUAUUGGGUAACUCGAACCAGUCCUGUAAAAAUGCUAGUUCUGUAUGAAAUUGUAAGUGCAGUGAAAAAACACUGAGUCAAAUAUUAUGAGAACAGUAUAGGAAUUCAAUAGUAGGACGUACGUGUGUUGAAAAUGUUCAUUUUGUAGUUUCUUAAAGUCGAUAAUGUAGGACGCAUUUCAUGGCUGAUGACAUAUAAAAGGAUUAUAAUAUUAUGUGUUCCUCUAAUUGUAAAACAGAUAUUAAUAAAUAUAGACUCUGCCGAAUAAAUGUUUCCUUUACAGCUUUUCUAAUCUCGUCAUUCGCAAAAUGAAGUCACAGAAGAGUAUAAUUUUUGCAGUUUUUUUUAUUAUAGAGUUAUAAACUUUGAUAAAAGAUUGUGGAUGUGUUUUGAAUAAUUGAAGCAAAGCUCGUUACAUUUGAGUAACAUACGGUUUUCGACCCACUUAAUUACAUUUACUCAUGUAAUCAUUUUUUGACAUUGAAUGGAACUGGUUGGUCAGUAUGUUAACCGUGGCCGAGAUAACAAAUUCAUAUUGUG